UUAAUCGAUAAUGACAGCACGUGAAAUCAGUACUGAGUGUGAUUCGACAGCUGGGAGUGGUAUUUUCCGUGGGGGUCGUGAAGGCAGCAUCAGUCUCCUGGAUCCUGGGUGUGUGCAGUCAGCACAGAGACAGAGCAAAAACACCAGGAACAUCGCAACGUGCGUCCAGCUCUGCCUGUCAUCUGGUGCCUUGUUUGAAAACUUCUACCUUUCCUCCACCGGACGGACCAAGGAUGGGAAACAAUCCGCUCUAGUUUGUGAAGAGGACACAUUCAGAGGGGAACUCUGCUAAAACUACCAGGUUGAGUCGUCAGUCACAUCAUUUACCGCCAGGUAAGGUCCAGGAGCGCAGUGAAGAUGCAGACCUUCCUGAAAGGCCGGAGAGUCGGCUACUGGCUCAGCGAGAAGAAGAUGAAGAAGCUGAAUUUCCAGGCCUUUGCGGAUUUGUGCAGGAAAAGAGGCAUAGAAGUUGUUCAGCUGGACCUCAGCCAGCCUCUGGAGGAGCAGGGGCCCCUUGACGUCAUCAUCCACAAACUGACUGACCUCAUCCUGGAGGCUGACCAGAACGAUUCACAAGCGGUGUUGCUAGUGCAGAGAGUGCAGGACUACAUUGAUGCCCAUCCUGAGACCAUUGUCCUGGACCCUCUUCCAGCCAUCCGGACCCUGCUGGACCGCUGCAAGUCCUACCAGCUCAUCCACAGGAUAGAGAGCUGUAUGAAAGAUGAGAGGAUUUGCUCGCCUCCAUUCAUGGUCCUGAACACAGAGUGCAGCCCAGAUGUGCUGGAGCAAAUCAGGAGGCAAGGACUCUCAUUCCCCUUCAUUUGCAAAACACGGGUGGCUCAUGGCACCAACUCCCACGAGAUGGCCAUCAUCUUCAGCGAAGAGGACCUGAAGAGCGUGAAGCCUCCGUGUGUUAUCCAGAGCUUCAUCAACCACAACGCAGUGCUCUACAAGGUGUUUGUGGUGGGAGACUCCUACACUGUGGUGGAGAGACCCUCAUUGAAGAAUUUCCCUGCUGGACCUGCAGACAGGAAAGCCAUUUUCUUCAAUAGCCACAAUGUUUCCAAACCAGAGUCGUCCUCAGACUUGACUUCGAGAGAGAAUGUCGAGGGAGUGUCUCAGCCACCCAAUGAGGAUGUCAUCAGAGAGUUGUCCAAGUCCUUGCGGCAGGCGCUGAGUGUGUCCUUGUUUGGCAUUGAUGUCAUCAUCAACAACCAAACAGGCCAACAUGCUGUCAUUGACAUCAAUGCAUUCCCUGGUUAUGAGGGUGUCCCAGAGUUUUUCAGUGACCUCCUGAACCACAUCAGCAGCGUGCUUCAGAGCCACAACCCUGACUUCACCCCUGCCAAUGAGCAGCGCAGAAGCCCGCCAGCUAGCACUACGGUACCCAACGCCAGCCUGCCGUCCCCUGACUACUGCAGCAUGCAGGGCAGAGACCCCAGUGGCAGCCCCUGGAUUGUAGAGGGUGACGGCACCCUGAAGGGCCCGUGCCAGAGACUGGGGUGUAACUCAGCCAUGUCCCCCAACUUCCAGCAGCACUGUGUCUCCACAAUAGCUACCAAAGCUUCCUCCCAGUGACUGACUCUUGGCCCCCACUCUGUUUGAUCCCUGAACAAAAGUGGACAACAAUGUACCACUGACUCCUCUGCACAGACUGAGUGGGGAGAAGCGGUGGCUGGGCAUUUGAACACUACUCCACUGAUCCCGGGCUGCUAUGUGACUGUGGUCAACCGGCAGCAGACGACACGAGUCCAAACAUGAGUAAGGAGAUGAUUUGUUAGUUUGAAAAACACAUGUAAGCAGUUUACUUUUUAGAGUGCCAUCAAAUGGACUUCAAGCGUAGGAGAGACACCUGCUGAAAACAUGAUUUCUAAUGGUUAAAAAGACUAAAAGUGAAUCUGCAUCAUCAUGUGACCAAGUUUUUAGAUGAUUGUUGUUGCACCGAUAGGUCAUUGCGUGUUUACUCUACAUCAGAUGCCUAAGGUUGGGUGUCCAACAAACCAAGGACCUCCUUGUUUGAGUCAGUGCAUGAAGACAAGGAAUCACAUUCCUUUUUGUGUUCUGUGGAUGUUUUCUAGAAUUUUUUUUUUUCCUCCCCCCAAAUUCCAGUGGGAUCCUGUAAGGGUUCUUGCAUUGCUUCAUGGUUUUGAAGUCUCCUUAAACAGACUGUCUUAGUACUUUUAUUUGUAAUAUGAGCAACCUACUCUCUUGAGGCAAACUUGACCCCCUUACACUGCUGUCACUUUUUACUGAAUUGUUAAUUAGAGACUCAAUUAUUCCACUAAAUUAAGAUAAAAUGUGUUUGAUUACCCAACUAAACUGGGUAUUAGUUAUUUAGUGAC